UGGCGGAGAAGAAGACAGAAGUGAAGACAAGACGACAGAAAGCAACAGAUGAGAGUAAAGGACGAAGCAACGAGAGACAUGUACUAACGAGGAGGACAGACGGAGACACGAGGACGUGAGGAAGACGGGGAAACGAAGAAUCGGUCACCUGACAGAGAACUUUGUAUCAAGAGAAAGCUUUUUGUGAGCAUGUUGGCGUGAUGACCAGCUCUGGACUACUGUAACACACACACACACACACACACACACACACACACACACACACACACACAGACACACAGACACACACACAGAAACACACUGUCAGCAUGUCGGCAGCUCGCUUAGCCUCCCCUCUUCCUGAGGACCCGACCAGCCCCCCUCCAGUGACCACACCCCCUCCAGUAACCACACCCCCACCAGUGACCACACCCCCACGCAAAGCCUCAGUCCGCCUGCAGGAGAGGCGGGGCUCCAACCUCUCGCUGCUAUUGGACGUCAGCAGCCUCGGGGCGGAGCCUGUGUGUGCCGUCUCCACCCCGAAGGAGGUGUGGCUCCACCUGCUCCACACCUCCACCCGACCGCUCAGCCACGCGAUGCUGCAGCGGGCCGCCAAGGACACGAGCGCCCUGAAUGCAGAGUAUCAGAAGAUCCCCCCAAACUUUGCAAGCGCCGCGGAGCUGGACGUCUCGGGUCACAUGAUCAAAGACCGAUACAAGACCAUCCUGCCCAACCCUGAGAGCCGGGUGGUCCUGAGGAGCCAUGGGGAGGAGGCGGGGCCAGACCGCUACAUCAACGCCAACUACAUCAGGGGUUACAGAGGAGCUCCCAGAGCCUUCAUCGCCACCCAAGGGCCGAUGCUGCACACUGUGGGGGACUUCUGGGACAUGGUGUGGCAGGAAAGGAGCAGCAUCAUCGUCAUGGUGACGAGACUGAAGGAGAAGAACGAGAAAUGUGAGCUGUAUUGGCCACAGCCAAUGGAGAAGAGCAGGACGGUGAAAGGGGGGGACGAAGAGGAGGAGGAGGGAGAGGUGGGACGUUUUGGCAGAUUUCUCCUCAGAGUCAGAGAGAGCCAAAUAAAAGACGGGUUCACCAUCACCGAUAUGGAGAUCCAGCUCUGCUCGGAGCGCCGUCCUGUCAGACACUACUGGUUCACCUCUUGGCCUGACCACCACAUCCCACAAUGCACCGCUCCUCUACUGAGACUGGUGGAGGAGGUGGAGACGUACAAGAAGUCCCUCCUUCCAACUGGCUCUCAGCCAAUCACAGGCCCCGUGGUCGUCCACUGCAGUGCAGGGAUCGGGAGGACCGGCUGCUUCAUCGUCAGCAGCGUCGGCUGCCAGCAGCUCAGGGACAGCGGACAGGUGGACAUCCUGGAGACGGUUUGUCAGCUACGACUGGACAGGGGAGGCAUGAUCCAGACCACAGAGCAGUACCAGUUCCUCUACUCCACACUGGCCCAGUACAGUUGCCAGUUACAACACUGCCAGGAGCAGAAGCAGAACCCAGAUGACCAAGUGAGCAUCCAGUUACAGAACCUCCAGCUGAGCAGCACACAGAGCGAGAACCUGCAGAACCAACGAGGGCAAGUUGACACCUAAAGACAUUGGACCUCAGAACCAGCAGGAGACCCAACUCCUGUCAAUAACAGAACCAGAGAGAUGGAAACAGGAAGUGAAAGACCCUCUGUACCUCCAGGGUAUCAGGACCACAUGAAACUGGAUAUAUAGUGCCGGUUCAGAGCAAAUAGAACCCGUAGAACCCGGAACGUCCUCACUGGACUCAGAAAACUGAGCAGAACCAAGCAGAAAAAAGCAAUAUGGAAAUGUUGAGUCAAAUAAAAUGCAUACCUACACCUUCUA